CACAUUAAACCUGGUUUGUCAACUCCUCAUAACUACCAAAGAAGAAGAAGAAGAAGCUAAUCUGUGCAGUUAGCAAGUCGACAAUAAAUAAACUGUAAAACUAGCCCGGACUCCAUCUGAAUGCCAAAACUUCAAAGCUGCAGACAUGUCAGCUGACACCAAGAUUGCCGAGCUGCUCACAGAGCUCCAUCAGCUGAUCAAACAGACCCAGGAGGAGAGAUCACGCAGCGAACACAAUCUGCUCAACAUUCAGAAAACACAUGAGAGGAUGCAGACGGAAAACAAAACUUCCCCGUACUACCGGACCAAGCUGAGGGGACUUUACACCACAGCCAAAGCAGAUGCUGAGGCUGAGUGUAGCAUUCUGCGACACGCUCUCGAUAAGAUCGCAGAGAUCAAGUCGUUGUUGGAGGAGAGGAGAAUAGCUGCUAAGAUGGCGGGAGUUUACAGCGACAGCGACCCUCCCAGGAAGACGAUGAGACGCGGCGUCCUGAUGACGCUCCUCCAGCAGUCGGCCAUGACGCUCCCUCUGUGGAUCGGCAAGCCGGGGGAGAGUCCUCCUCCUCUGUGCGGAGCGACUCCAGCCAGCAGCGACUACGUAGCCAAGCAGGGCGACAAGGUGGCAGCGAGGGUGAAAGCCGUGGACGGAGACGAGCAGUGGAUCCUGGCGGAGGUGGUCAGCUACAACCAUUCCACCAACAAGUACGAAGUGGACGACAUAGAUGAAGAAGGCAAAGAGAGACACACUCUGAGCAGACGGCGGAUCAUCCCGCUGCCUCAGUGGAAGGCCAACCCAGAGACGGACCCUGAGGCCCUGUUCAGUAAGGACCAGCUGGUACUGGCUCUCUACCCCCAGACCACCUGCUUCUACCGGGCCCUCAUCCACACCCCUCCACACAGGCCUCAGGACGACUACUCGGUGCUGUUUGAGGACACGUCGUACGCCGACGGUUACUCCCCGCCGCUCAACGUGGCCCAGCGCUACGUGGUCGCCUGCAAGGAGAACAAGAAGAAGUGACCGCAGGGUGACACGACGGAGUCUGUUUCGGGAGCAUUAUCGUAUUUUUGAAAUGGCAAAAAGAUGUUCAGAAAUAUUUGUCAAAUCUGAAAAUAGGCUCAGGUCUGCUUCUCCAGCUCUGAUCUGAUCAUAAUUUGUAUUGAUAGAUGAUGGAAUCACCUGCAACGAAGGUGAAAAUCUGAAUCUGUGCACUGUGAAUCAAGCAAAAACACCCCUGAACAUCUUUUUAAAUGAGACUAUUUGUCAAAUCACCACCGAGACACAGAGGGAGACGGAGCAGCAUCUAGUGGCCGUUGGAGGAACUGCAGCUGAACUGAAGCUUGUUUGGUUAUUCUGCCUUGAAAAGGCCAAUUUAAGGGCCUAACUUGUAUUUUUUUGUAUAUGUCAAGUGUGAAUGAAUGCUGUAUAAUACAUUCAGCUGUGUAUGUAAAGACCAGAAUGAAAAAAUGUGUUUGAUUCAUUUCUUAAAGACCCUCCUCUGCACGUUUUAUGACAUAAAAUGAAAGUGAAAAUACUUUGAAUAACA